CAUUUUGAAACUUUUCACAUUCGCUGAGCGCAAACGUAAUUUAAUUAAGCAAACUCAUUCGUCAAAUACACGUAAAAAAGCAGGCGUAGAAUGGCGGACAGCGUAGACUUGGGCAAAUGCUUUGAAAUUAUUAAUAAUCUGGUAACAGAGGCCGGUCGGUUGAUUGCGCGAAACAAUGAGACGCGUCAGGAGUUUGUGUGCAAAUCCGGUGAUAUUGAUUUGGUCACAGAAACCGAUCAGGCUGUGGAGAAGCUAAUCAUGGACGGCAUUCGCCAGCAUUUUCCGGAUCACAAAUUCAUUGGCGAGGAGGAGAGCAGCUCCGGUGGCGCAGUCAACAAGCUGACCGAUGAGCCAACCUGGAUUAUCGAUCCCGUCGACGGCACCAUGAACUUUGUGCACGCCUUUCCGCACUCCUGCAUUUCCGUGGGCCUCAAGGUGAAUAAGGUCACCGAAAUUGGCAUUAUCUACAAUCCCAUGCUGGAGCAGCGCUUCACGGCACGCCGUGGCCAAGGCGCCUACUACAAUGGACGCCGCAUCCAGGCCAGUGGACAGCGGGAGCUAAGCAAGGCGCUCGUCACCAGCGAAUUCGGCACCUCGCGCGAUGAAGAGAAGAUGAAAGUGGUCAAUGAGAACUUUGCCAAAAUGGCCAAACAAGUUCAUGGCUUGCGCGCGUUAGGCUCUGCUGCUCUGAACAUGGCCAUGGUGGCUCUUGGCGCUGCUGAUGCCAACUACGAGUUCGGCAUUCAUGCCUGGGACGUCUGCGCCGGUGACUUGAUUGUGCGCGAGGCAGGCGGCGUUGUCAUCGAUCCAGCUGGCGGGGACUUUGAUAUCAUGUCACGCCGUGUUCUGGCCGCUGCCACACCGCAGCUAGCCCAAGAUCUGGCCAAGGUGCUGACACAAUACCAGCCCCUGCCAAGAGAUGAUUAGUUCGGAAUCUAUCAGUCAAUGGGAGAACUCAACAAGACAUCUGCUCCUGAAGCCUAACCAAAUAGCAUUUGAUUACUAUUAAAAAAGUACCUUAAGGCAAUUCCAUUGUUAAUCGAAAUAAACCUGUUGAUCUACAGAUAUAUACUUAA